UUGAGAGUGCCAGCAGCCGCAGCAGCAGCUUAAGAUUUUCAAUAUCCCUUGGAAUCAGUCGAUGAAACACUUGAAAUUUUGAGUACUGAGAAAUCCAAGAACUCCCACAAAUUUUCAAGAAAAGCAGGUCAUAAACCUUUGCCUUUUUGCUUACUCCAAAUCUCCCCUCUUUGGUUCAUCUCAAAUCAAAUUUCACCAAAUUGGAAAAACCCAGAUGGAUUUUUAACAAAAUUUCUUGAAACAAAUUCUGGGUUUUGAUAAUUUUGUUUAGUUUUACAAUGGGUGUUCAACAAGACGUGGUUCCUUCGGGGCCAUGGGAGCCAGCACCUCAAUCAAACCCUGGGAUUCAGCGAUGGAACAAAGCCGAGAAAGCUUGCGAGGGGAUGAUUUCCAAGUUUCAGCCAACUAUCGUUGCUGAAAGGAAAAGAGAUGCAGUAAUCAAUUAUCUGCAGAGAUUGCUCAAGGAUAAUCUUGAUUGUGAGGUGUUCGCUUAUGGAUCAGUGCCAUUGAAAACCUAUCUCCCUGAUGGAGAUAUCGAUUUAAGCGCGAUUGGUGCAAGCACGGAUGAACUUGUAAGGGAUAUCGCAUCAUUACUCGAGAGUGAAGGGAAUAAUAGCUCAGCGGAGUUUGUUGUUAAGGAUGUCCAACUUAUUGGUGCUGAGGUUAAGCUUGUGAAAUGCAUGGUGCAAAAUCUUGUGGUUGACAUUUCUGUUAAUCAAAUCGGGGGACUUUGCACUCUAUGUUUUCUCGAGCAGGUGGAUCGUGUAAUCAAGAAAGAUCACCUUUUCAAACGAAGCAUUAUUCUGAUUAAAGCGUGGUGCUACUUCGAGAGUCGUACUCUCGGUGCACAUGUCGGUCUCAUAUCAACAUAUGGAUUAGAGACUCUAGUUCUCUAUAUUUUUCAUGUAUUUCAUAUGGCAAUAGAAGGUCCUCUCUCAGUUCUGUAUAAAUUCUUGGAGUAUUUCAGUGCGUUUGAUUGGGAUAAAUAUGGUAUCAGUAUAAUGGGCCCCAUUAGAUUAUCCGAGUUGCCAAGAAUCGUAGUCGAGAGACCACCAAACAGCAACAAUUUAUUGCUUAAAGUCGGUUUCCUUAGACAUUGUUCUAAGACGUUAUCGGUUCCCAUGAGAUCUGGGGAUGUAUUUUCUAAAAAGCAUCUCAACAUUGUGGAUCCGUUAAAUGAUCAUAACAACCUCGGGCGUAGUGUUAGCCAAGGAAAUUUUUUUCGUAUACGUAGUGCAUUCGGUUAUGGUGCUAGAAAACUCGCGGAAAUCCUUAUGACCCCAGAAGAUAACCUGACCAAGGAGCUUCUUUCGUUUUUCUCAAAUACAUUGAAUAUGCACGGAAGUGGUCAAAGACCUGAUCUUCCUGAUGAUGUUCCAAGGUCUUUUCUUAACGUCAGCAUUUCAGGGGCAGAAAAGACAUUUACCACAAGGGUAAGUGGAAAACCGAGAAGCUCUAAUGAUGAAAACUCAUAUGAAGGCAGUGGGUUUCCGGGGAACCGAUUUUCUAGCGAAGGAAAAGACGUAUCUGCCCUCAUGUCGAGUAGUACGGGAGAAGCUGCUAAUCCUGUCAGUAUACCAUUCUAUGCACCCCAUCUUUUGUUUGAUUACUCCAAGUUAGUUAAUAAGGAGGAAAAUGGUGAUAUUGAUGAUGCCAAACAAUCUGAGGUGCAUGAAACUGGUGUAAACUUGGCUCCAUCGGAACCAUUGGAUCUCACCGGUGACUUGAUGUCUCAUUUGGUGUGUUUGGAGCAUGUCAGGUGGUGGAAUAGUUAUGUUCUGGGACCACCCAUGAUGGGACCACCGCCACCACCACCGCCUAUUUUGCUAAGCAUGAUUGCGUCGGAACAUGGUGGUGUUGUUCGCCAUCCACAGUUCCACCCUUCAGACCAGAUGUUCAUGCCUAGAUCACCUUUCGUUCCCAAUGAUCCCAAUCCAAGAGGCACCAUGACAUACUUCACGGACAUGAAUCGAUCUCGACAUGGUUAUCACACCAAAACAUCGAAUGCAACCAAUAAAGGAACAUCUAACCCAACUGAUUUCAUUACCCCACCUGAAGGAGUUGCUGGAUUUGGUCUGGUUGGCCGUCCUACACCACCACAUAGAGAGCCGUUGUUACAUAGGCGGCACCAAAAUCAUAAUCGAGCUUGUCAGCAGGAUGGUACACAGAGACCCAGAUCUGUUUCUGGUAUGGAUAGGUUCAAUGUACAAUCCUCAUACCAUCUAAAAGAUGAAGAUGAUUUCCCACCUCUGUCUGCGUGAUUGUAGUCGGGCGGAGGACAUCUACAAGGAUCGGUAGUGGGAUCUCGGAAAUCGCGAAGGUGGUUGUGCAUGUAAUAUAUGCAUAAAGAAAUGUUACAAAGUUUUUCUCUGCGAACACCUCAAAUUUUGUUGUCAACAUAAACUGUAAGUUCUUGUUGUCUAUCCCUUAGUUUUAAUACAUUUUAGGUGGCCCCUUGUAUUCUGGUGCUUUCAACAAUUUUGGCUCAUUUUUUUGUCU